AGCUCAAGCAUCCAAGAGGUCAUCGAGGAAAAUCGGUCACCUGUUUCCAAAACAAAGAAACCACCUGCACUGAACGCAAGCUAGAAUCACUCGCUGAGGUGAGUUGCCCUCCUGUAGCUGCCCCGCUCUCACGCAUUACCCCUCAUCACACCACAUCAGACCUCACGAAAGUGCAGCAAUAGUGGCACCCGUUAUAGCGUUUGAACAACACAACUAACGAAAUCGACGCAGGUCAGACGUACCAAAUAUCGCAUCUGGUGAGCCUAUCAUAAAACUAGAACAGCCACGUUGACGAUCGUAUCAUGUCGUCGACCAAGGCUUUUACCUUUCUGCCACUGGGCGCGAUCAUCCAAAAAUUCGUUGUGAACGGAAAGAACAUCGUCCAAGGUUUCCCAUCUGCCGAGCUGUACAAGCAGUACAACGCCCCGUUCUUUGGUGAGACUAUUGGCCGCAUCGCCAACCGCGUAUCCAAAGCGAAGAUCAACGACCUCAAUGGGAAGUCAUACCAGCUAGCGGUCAACAACGGCCCCAACUCUCUCCACGGCGGCAACCUUGGCUGGGGAAAGCGAGAAUUUGAAGGACCAUCUACUGUUGACCGUAAUGGAAAAGAGGCUACUUUCUUCAAAUACGUCAGCAAGGAUGGCGAGGAAGGCUAUCCCGGUACUGUAGAGGUGCGCGUGUGGUAUAUCCAAGCGAAGGAGGAAGUCGAUGGCGCUCAACAGGAGGUCCUGUACAUCGAAUACGAGGCUGAACUGAUCGGUGAUGAAGUCGAAGAGACCGCAAUCAACAUGACCAACCAUAGCUACUUUAACUUGUCUGGAGGACCUACCAUCACCGGAACUGAAGUCAACCUCAUCACAAACAAGUACCAAGUCGUGGACGAUGGAGGCAUUCCCACUGGACCCGUCGAGGAAUACCCCGGUGUGAGCGCCAAGAAGACCUUCACCCUGGGCGAGAAAGAGCCCGAUAUUGACGACUGCUUUGUUGCCAACACAGACCCCAGCAGCAUUCCUAUCGACACUCGAUCUUCGCCUCUGCAGAAGCUUGCGUCUUUCUACCACCCGGAGACCAAGAUCCACCUCGAAAUUCACUCGACAGAACCCGCCUUCCAGUUCUACACUGGUAAAUACAUUGAUGUACCUGCCGUUGGUGACCUUCCCGCCAGAGGCGCCCGUGCUGGCUUCUGUGUCGAACCCAGCCGCUACGUAAACGCUGUCAACGUUCCAGAAUACAAGCCUAUGAUGGUGCUCAAGAAGGGUGAGAAAUACGGCACUAAGAUUGUAUACCGUGGCUGGCACGCGUAGACCUUCUUUGCGUUAUCUCUAUGAGAUGUGCCUUCAACAUUGGGAUAAAAAAAAUAGCAUCAAGUUGAAGACGUUGACUCAGCAGUCGACUCCUACGAAUCGAAUAUACCGACGUAUCCCCACGGAUUCCUCGAUAUGCAAUGCAUGCUGAAAUCAAUUUGACAAUCGAUGCUCCAGUUCGCCACUGCGCCUAUUUGUAAAGUCAUCAAAGCCUCAACAUCAACCCACGCAUCGUCUAUACGUCUGCGCCAAUUCUAAUCUAGCAAUCCGUCUUUUAACAAUUCAGCACUCCACUGUUUUCAUGAAUUACCUCUAGCAACCAUUACUCGGACGUUCCCGUCUGAAGAUCGAGGUGUCCAGACCUCCAGCCACUGGCCCACAGCACGACGUCACACAACGUU